AAAGUUGAUUAGAAAGAGUUCAUUCAUGUCUUUAAACUGCUGUGCUUGACAGAAAGUUUGCUUGUUUAAAACAGAUCACACCAGAUCAUAAUUUCCUUGUCAACUGUUUUCAAAUUUCUUGCAUUGCCAAGAGGCAGUCAAAACAAUUUCAUAUUUUGUCAAAUAUGUUCGUUAAUACUAGAACUUGUGCCCUGCCUUGUUGAAUGGCUGCCUGUCAAUAGUUAUAUUGAACAGGACACCAGCAAUGGCAAUGACCAGCAUGAACAGGGGUGUCCAUCGCAGCCCACAUCAGGCUAGAAAUCAACCAUUUUGGGCGGUAAUUCCAGCGCUGGUUCUCAAUCGAAAGUCGCAGAGAACGCAAAGAAGACACGUGCGUGCAAGCCAGCCAACAGCCGUCCUGGCGCCAACGUCACCGGCCUCAGCAGAGACCCCAAAGUCCCUUCCCACGCAGCCCAACAAUACCCCUUCAUCUCCAGCGGAUUCUCCCGGGCUGGGCAGGAGGAUAGUAAUUGUGGGAGCGGGGCCCGCGGGGACCGUAACGGCCAUGCUGCUGGCGAAAAGGGGCUACACAGUGGAUGUUUACGAGAGGAGGGGCCGGCCCUCACGCGCGCUGGCCGCCACGCUGCACUCCUACAUCCUCGCCCUGACCCCCAGGGGGCUGAAGGCGAUAGAGGAGACGGGCGCGGACCCGGAGUGCUGCUCGGCGACGCGCGCGCCUCGAUCCGUAGGCAUGUUUGACAUGAACAGCGGCCGCUCCCUGCGCAUGCCGCCUGGACGCAAGCACAUCGUGGACCGCGUAACUCUCGCGUCAGACCUCAUAGACGAGGCCAUGCGUCUGUAUGGCAACAACAUAACCUUCCACUUUGAGCGCCAGCUGCAGGGGUUAGACUUGGAGAGACAACUAGCUACAUUCAAAGAUGGCAGCAGCGGCUCCUCGCAGCUUGAAGUGAGCUAUGAUUUGCUUAUAGGCGCCGACGGGGCAAGCAGCACAGUGAGAGACGUCCUGCAGGAUAAGGUGCCAGGGUUCGGGGCCAGGACACUGUACCAGGCGAGCAUGUGCUACACCACCUUCCAUGGCCUGCCGGUGGAUGACUACGCGGCGACUAAGAGUGAGUCAUCGAGCGGCGCAGCUGAUUCAGCGGUUCCAAGCGAGGUGGCGUUGAUCGGCACCCACAACCGCCGCGAGUUCACAUACAACUGGAGGUCCCCCAAAGCCGAUGUCAUGGUGUCCAUGUGGAAGGCUGAGGAUGGCCGCAUGAAUGGUCUGGUGGCGGCUGAGAGCCAUGCGGCGGAGCCGGAGCAGCGGGAGCAGCUGCUGGCGGCAGCUACGCCGAAGCUGCCGGCGACGUGGCGGCGCCAGAUCGCCGCGCAGACCGGUCCGCAGACGCCCAGCAGCUUUGGCAAGAUCGUGCGCUGCUCGCAGUUCCAUGGGCCGCGCGUUGUUGUCAUCGGGGACGCCGCUCACUCUGUGACCAGCACUCUUGGCCAGGGGUGCAUAACAGCGAUGGAGAGCUGCACAGCGCUGGCGGCUGCCUUUGCUAUGUGUGGGGACGAUCUUGACCGCGUGCCGGCUGCAUUCACAGCCGCCAGAGCCCCCGACGCGCACGCUGUGCAUGCCAUGGUGCCAGGUCACAACGCAUCAAAAUUGCCGGUAAUAAUCUACGCCAGGACCGUGAAGGCUCUGGCGCUUCUGGGUUCACUGGUGUUUCACAAGGUCGGCCUGCUUCCCAGCCCGGUGUACACCUACUCGGCAUUCUUCGCUGGGGUGCUGCCUGUCAGGGCCAUCAAGCGAAACCUGCACCUGCUCGCAGCAGCCGGCGCCGGUUUUCUCACACUGUUUGUUUGGUCUGUGUCGCGCCUGCUGCGCUCAUGCUUGCUGCCUGCCCUUCGGACAGCCUUGGCAGGCUGA